ACAUGAUGUUGAAGUGAUCUCGAUCGUAUAAUAUAGGACUAACUGUUGGUUGUAAUAUUGUGUAUGUGUAGUAGCCCUUCCGGGUAUUGAUUGAAUUAAGCUCCUACAUCAACUUCUAAAUCAAGAUCAUCAAUGUCAUCCGCUUUGCAGAAAAGUCUUCUUGUUCUUGAUCUCCUUUUGAUCCUUGCUCUUCAAACAUCUGAUGGGCAAUAUGUGGAAUGGUGCAUAGCUGACGAGCAGACCCCAGAUGACGAGCUGCAGACGGCGCUGGACUGGGCUUGUGGAAAAGGAGGUGCAGACUGCAGCAAAAUACAAGCAGCACACCAGCCUUGUUUCUUACCAAAUACAAUAAGGGACCAUGCCUCUUUUGCGUUCAACAACUAUUACCAGAAGUUCAAGAACAAAGGAGCUACUUGCUAUUUCAACGCUGCUGCAAUGAUCACAGAUCUUGACCCAAGUCAUAAUUCGUGCAAGUUUGAGUAUCUACGAUGAAUGAUCAAAUUAAAGCAUCGAAAAUUUGCGGUGAUUCAUAAUAUAAUUAAUAUAUAAUAAUAU